UAUCUACUGCAUUCGUUAGGCUCUCUUUAUUCAUCCAUCCCUCGUUCUAAUUAGCCUCUACCGAUCCUUACCUAUUCAUCAAGCAGAGCAUGCCAUCUUUCAUUUCCACAGCGAUCCUCUGCCUCACGCUCGUCUCAUCCACUCUCGCUCAAACAUCCAGCUCGUGCAAUCCACCCACUUACCUCUCCUACCACUCUCUAAGCCAGACCCCACAGCAACCUGCCCCGCCGACCCCGGCCUCUCCACCAGCACCUACAGCAUCGACUUCACCAGCAGCAGCAGCAGCAGCAGCAGCAACUUCAAGCCCCCCUGAACCACCACCGCCGGCGACAUCUCCCACACCCCCUCUAGCGCCGCCCUCACCAUCGCCCCCGCGGCGGGCCCCCAGCUCCAAACCUCCCGGUCCUUCUUCUUCAGCGUCGUCUCCGUGCACCUGCGCGCCGCGCCCGGUACCAGCAUCGUGCUCGAAUCCACCGACCUCGACGAGCUGGACUGGGAGUCUCCUCGGCGGCAACCGCAGCGCCGCGCCGCGCCGUCGAAACGAGCGUUUGAACAAACCCCGCAAAGGCACCCCAGACAGCGUCACCCCGGUGUACGUACGCAGAAACCUCUGGAGAACUUGAACCAAAGCAGCUCCGCUAAGUUCAAGAAGCAGGUCACGUCAGACCUCAG